AUGCUCUCACGCUCUAUACUUCCACUGGCAAGGCAGAGGGCCAUAACAGCUGGCACCAGACUGUCCCUCGCCUCCUCACAUGCCAGAUAUUACGCCCGCGACUCCAAGAAGCCAUCGAAACCCAGUGGCUACACAAUCCCGUCGUCGGCUCCCUCGUCGGGACCUUUGUCAGACGGCCAGAAGCCCAGAGUUGUCCCCCAGCCCAAGACACCCGCUACAGACAAAUUAUCAGAAGAACAAGUCGAGUUCGAGACAUCCUCUGAGUCACAAAAGAAUACAGCUCCUCAAUCUGUGAAGGCCGGGGCUGGAUCAAAACAACAGUCCGCCGAGAGUGAGAACGAGAAGGCGGAGCCGGAGAGUGUCAGCCAGCAAGAACAACACCCACUUCCAGACCUGACACGAGGAAUUCCGUCUACUUUGGGUGCUGAAGUGGAAUCACAAGCGAAGCGCCGCAGUAGAGGACUCAAUUUGACUGAAGAUCCAGAGAAGGAAUCUGAGGAUGAUGGGGGCCGUGGCGAUACUCCAAAGGACGAAUACGUUUCGUCCCUUGAAAGGCGUAGAAACAAGAUGACCAAUUUGACCUUUGCCGCCUUCCUGGGUCUCGCUAUUGCUGGCACCGCAUACCUUGGCCGCAAUUGGGAUACAAAGGAAGAGGAAGAUGCACACCCAAAUGCACCCUCUGGGUGGGGGUUCGGCCUUCUCUUCGAUCGCAUCAAAGCCCGCAUGUCUGACAUCACAAGCUACUACAAGGACCCUGCCUUUGAAAAGCUCCUGCCCGAAGAAGAUCCUCAAUUUAGACAGCCAUACACCCUAGUCAUCAGUCUCGAAGAUCUGCUCGUUCACAGCGAAUGGACCCGUGAGCAUGGAUGGCGAGUAGCGAAGAGACCCGGUGUUGAUUACUUCCUUCGCUAUCUCAAUCAGUACUACGAGUUGGUUCUUUUCACAACUGUUCCUAGCAUGAUGGCAGACCAGGUUCUACGAAAACUUGAUCCAUACCGAAUCAUUAGGUGGCCACUCUUCAGAGAAGCCACCAAAUAUGAGGAUGGUGAAUAUGUUAAGGACCUUUCUUACCUAAACCGCGACCUUUCGAAAGUUAUAAUGGUUGAUACUCAUGCUCCUCACGCCAAACGCCAGCCGGAAAACGCCAUCAUACUACCAAAGUGGAAAGGAGAUUCAAAGGACAAGUCACUCGUUGCUCUGAUUCCCUUUUUGGAAUAUGUUGCUGGAAUGGGCAUCGAUGAUGUCAGACCUGUCCUCAAAUCCUUUGAGGGAACUUUCAUCCCAGCUGAAUUCGCCAAGCGUGAAAAGGCCAUGCGUGACAAGUUUGAGAAGCAGCUUGCCGAAGAGAGAUCCAAGCGACCGAAACACAGUGUAGGUAGCAUUAGUUCCCUCUUUGGCAUAAAGCCCGCUGGGUCAUCGAUAGCUGGUCUUGAAGAUGGCCAAUCAGGGAGUAUAGAGGAAGGAAAAAUGCUAUGGGAUCAAAUCCGUGAGAGAGGCCAGAAGCAAUACGAAAUGAUCGAAAAGGAGAUCCGAGAGAACGGCGAGAAAUGGCUGGCUGAAAUGGCUGCCGAAGAGGAGAAGGCCAGAGAAGAACAGAUGAAAGGCAUGAAGAACAGCUUGACAGGCUUCUUCGGAAAUGAUGGUAAAUAA